AUGGCGGCUUCGGCGAUGAGGAGCGCCAUGGCCCUACGAACGAACAUUAGGCGACCCGUGGCCUUUGUCCGAAAAAUCCCCUGGACCGCGUCCGUGAGUGAGCUGAGAGAACACUUUGCACAGUUUGGUCAUGUACGGAAGUGCACUCUACCUUUUGACAGAGACACCGGCUUUCACAGAGGUAUGGGUUGGAUUCUGUUUUCUUCAGAAGAAGAACUUCAGAAUGCCCUGCAACAGAAAAAUCAUAUUAUCGAUGGAGUAAAAAUCCACGUUCUAGCUCAAAGACCCAAAGUUUUACAAGAGAAUCAAACAUCUGAUGAAGAGAAAGAUUUUUAA